AGCUAAAUUAAACCAAAGCCAAACCGGGGAAUUUGGAAACCACUGAAAAUAAGGGGAACUCUGGAGUGCUUAACAAUUACUUCCUCAUAAGACAUGCCCAAGAGGAAGAGAGGUGCUUUUCAGUCAUGGAGCUGCUCUCCUAAAMAUGAGGAGGAUCAUGCUUUCCUUCCUCUGCUUACUGAUGCACCUGCUUCAGGAUGAGACAACUUCGCUUUUAGUUUUGGGAAAUCACAACCUGCAAGACUCGAUUAAGCCGCAGAAGGUAGAGUUUCAUUCCUUAAACUUCAACACCACUUUGCAUUGGCAGCCUGGGUGGGCCAGAGAGGCGAGAGACGCGCUCUACUUUGUGCAGUAUAAAGUGUAUGGGCAGAGCACGUGGCAAAACAAAGAUGAGUGCUGGGGGAUUCCAAGCCAUGUCUGUGACCUAACCCAUGAGACCUCUGCCAUCCAGGAGCCGUACUACGGCAGAGUGAGAGCYGUGCUGGCCGGUGUCUAUUCCAACUGGAGCCUCAGCUACAGAUUCACUCCCUGGCGAGAAACUAUAAUAGGACCUCCAAUGGUAACUGUGGUUCAUAGCAACAAAUCCAUAGCAGUAAAGCUCCAGGCUCCACGUUCUCCUUAUAAAAGGAAGAGAGGCAGCAAAAUACCAAUGACAAAUUAUUAUGAUCUGGUGUAUCACGUCUUCAUAAUUAACAAUUUGCUAGAUGAGCAACACAGAGUCCURGUGUAUGAAGGAAAAGACAAGGUUAUUAAAAUACAAGAUUUGAGGCCUGGAGUCAGCUACUGCAUCGUGGCUAAAACGUACGUGCCCGUGCUGGACCGCAGCAGUGCCCACAGCAGCAGGCAGUGCACCGUGCUGCAGUGACAGGGGUGGCACCUCUGAGACAGUUACAGGGAUAAUGGCAGAAGAUGCCUUCCAUCACAGGUCCAGCUGUAAAUCAACAUCUGUUGUCUAUGUUUGGAAUACAUACUUGGAUACUUUGUAAGCUAACCUUUGCUGCAAUAAAUGAUUUGAUUCAUCACAAUUAUUUUAUGCUACAGGAAGGUUAAGGAUUCUUUGUAUGUCAAAGAAUCCUUAUUACAAUUGUAUUACAAUUUAUGAUGGUAUAUAUUUGCAUUUUCAAAGGAAAGAGUCUUGUAAUAUAAAAAUAAAACCCUGAAAAAACACCUUUGUGGAAAUAUCUUUAAGAUUCCUUUUAGGGGUUUUGUAUUUUAAAUCUUGGAAUUAAAAUACAAUCUAUAAAAUAGAAGUUUCAGGUAUUUUAUGUUUUCUACAAUAAUUACAACAGAAAAUGAAAUAAGUGUCCUUUCUCUAAAAUAAGAAAUGCACAAUGCAGGAGUAUUUCCAUGCUCACAGUGUCUUCUUAGUACCCUCAACACAAUAAUUCUGACAGUGGUGCCCAGUGACAGGAUGAGGAGCAAUGGCCAUAGACUAAAACACAAGAAGUUUCACCUCAACAUGAGGGAAAGCUUCAUUACACUGAGGGAGGAAGAGCACUGGAAGAGGCUGCCCAKGGAGGUCGUGGAGUCUCCCUMYCUGCAGACAUUAAAAUCCCACCUGGACGCGUUCCUGUGUCACCUGCUCUCGGUGACCCUGCCUGGGCAGGGGUGUAGGACUGGAUCAUUGCCGGGGUCCCUUCCAACUCUAAUGACUCUGUGAUUCUGUGACCUCUGUUUCAGCCAUUUCACAGUAAAUGGUGACUGAAUGCUGACAGUCACCUGUGAAUUCUAAUGAUUUUAAUCCUACUAGUCUUCAUUUUACAAGGGAAAAAAUUGCUUGGGCAAGGUCUGCAUAGUGACUCACUAAGCCACACCAAAAGGGAGAGGUGAAAUCACUUUUCCAGAUCUGCAAGGUCUGUAAGUAACGAAAAUCUUAGUACUUAACUAUCUUCUGUUAAUGCAGAUUAAAUGAGAGGAGGUGAGGGUGGCCCAGACACAAAAGGACAGAGCUCCUUGGAAAAAUGGAGCUCCCAGCUACUUUAGUAGCUAUCCAGUGGAGGAUAGCUACUAUCACUAUCCACUUUUCCUUAAUUCACARAAAUUAAGGAGGAUCAAUUCCAUUUAAGUAACAGACCUUGAGUUCUCUUAAGCCGUAUCCAAAGCAUCUUUUGCAAUCAGUCACUAACACCUCCCCUGGAGGCAGCGCAGCUGACAGCUGCACCAGGAUGCUGGCAGGAGGUGGUUGGGAAAAGGCUGUAUUUAAGGAAGUGAUGCUGGUCACUCUUGCCUUUACCAGAAUGAAAGAGGUCAUUACAUAAUAAAUAUCUCCACCACCUGAUUCUAAUAUGUGAUAUAUUUGAACAACUAGGUUUGCAGACAUCUAGCCAUAUCCACAGAUCUAGUGCAGGCUUCUUUCACUACAUUUCCCUUUUUGCUCCUUUCCCAAUUCUUCCAGUUGCUUUGCCCACCCAUAUCCCAUCGUUUCUUUACUUAGGUAAGUUUUUUCUUGAGAAGCAAGUCUUCUUAAAUCUCUGGGCAAUACCUAGUGCCAAGAGAAGUGUGAGAUCCAGCACAGCCCUGUUGCCCCUCUUGCGCUGGUAAGAAAAGCUGACC